GGGGCAGGUGGGUACGACAGCAUCCAGGCCCCUCAACACCUUCCAACUCCUGGGUGGAAACCCCAGGUGCAGGAUAACACUACAGAUGCCGGGCACAGCAAGGCAUGACCGAGAGAUGGCUAUCCAGGCCAAAAGAAACCUGUCCAAAACCACCAACCCCGUGGAAAGACUUCGCCUGCAAUGUUUGGCAAAAGGAUCUGCAGGCAUCAAAGGACUGGGCAGAGUAUUUCGGAUUAUGGAUGAUGACAACAGCAGGACCUUAGAUUUCAAAGAGUUUAUAAAAGGAUUAAAUGAUUAUGCUGUGAUGAUAGAUAAGGAAGAAGCACAAGAGAUUUUCCAGAUAUUUGAUAAAGAUGGCAGUGGAACAAUUGAUUUUGAUGAGUUUCUUGUUACAUUGAGACCUCCUAUGUCGAAUGCGAGGAAAGAAAUCAUCAUGCAAGCAUUUAGGAAGUUAGAUAAGACUGGAGAUGGUGUCGUAACAAUUGAAGACUUACGGGGGGUGUAUAAUGCAAAACAUCAUCCCAAAUACCAAAAUGGAGACUGGACAGAAGAUCAAGUUUUUAGGGCUUUUCUGGACAAUUUUGAUUCACCUUAUGACAAAGAUGGGAAGGUCACCAUAGAAGAAUUCAUGAACUACUAUGCAGGAGUCAGCGCUUCAAUAGACACAGAUGUCUAUUUUAUCAUCAUGAUGAAGAAUGCUUGGAAACUCUGA